AUGACUCUGCUGUAUGACUCUUUUAUUGCAGGUAUCCAGAGUUUCUGUCGUGAUCUGGUGGAGGUAGCAGAUAUUCUGGAAAAGACUACAGAAAACGUUUCUGAGCAGGAUUUGGUGGACCAGAAUCCAACCCUUAAAAUGCUGUUUGAAGGACUCUCACUUGUAGAGAGUAAAUUGCAGUAUGUGUUCAACAAACAUGGCCUGCAGAAGAUGACACCUGUUGGUGGCAGAUACGACCCUUAUGAUCAUGAAAUAGUGUGCCAUGUUCCUGCAGAAAAUGUGCAGCCUGGUACUAUCGCUGUUGUCUCUCUCGACGGAUACAAGCUUCAUGGUCGCACCAUUAGACAUGCUCAUGUUGGUGUAGCAGUAGAAACUCAAGAGUAAUGUCUGAAUUAGAGAUUUACGUAAUGGACAUGUUACCACAACUUUAUUGCUCUAAAAGACUUCCCUAAUGUAGUAAUUUACUAGUAUGUUUUGUAAAUGUGUUUUGUACAGUUUUUAUUGCAGUUUUUGUGAUUUACUGAGCCUUUGCAUAUGUUAGUGAUGUUGUUUGAUCCCCAUGAGUCUUCUGAAAUCAUUUGCAAUGAGUGUCCUGCUAGUGUAGUACCAGAUUAAUGACACAAUAGCAAAAUUGCAGCUUUGCAUGCUAUUACUUUUAUGAAUUUUGCCUGUAGUUCAGUAAAGGGCCUCCUUGAUUUAUAUUCAAA